AUUAGACAUCAAUAUCAUGAAUAAAAAAUGAUCUAUCACAUUUAUCUUUCUUAUCGACCUAGCAUUGAUCUUUUCUCCAUCGAUUUUAAUUUUCGUUUAUUAUUGUAUAAAUGGUUUAAUAAUUUGUGAAUAAGAUGAGUGUGCCAAUAGAAGAGAAUAAUAUUCAGCAAAUGCUUAAUAAGCUGUCAGAAAAUGAGAUAAUUGUGAAAGAAAAAUUAGACAACUUAUUGUCUAGACAUUGUUAUAUAGAAUCUAAAUUACAAAAUAUAAAUAAAGUAUUACCCAAGGUUGUUUUUAUUCGUGGCGAGGCAGAGAAAUUUCGGAAUAUGAUUGUACAUACAAACGAAUUGGCUGAAAAUGUAAGCUCCAAAGUACGACAGUUAGAUUUAGCGAGGAGCAGAGUAUGCGAAUGUCAAAGAAGAGUUAACGAUAUACUAGAUCUACAAUUAUGUAGCGAAGGUGUUGCAACAGCUUUACAAAAUGAAGAUUAUGAGCAAGGUGCUGCACAUGUUCAUCGGUAUCUGUCAAUGGAUCAACAAUUGCUUGAAAGAACAGCCGAAGAUGUAUCAGGAGAUCCUAGUACUAUUAGUAGCUCUCUUUUUACAUUGCAACAAGCAGCUGUACAACUGAGAACAGUAGUUACUCACAAAUUUGAUGAAGCAGUGAAAUCUGAAGAUCUAGCAUCUGUUGAAAGAUUCUUUAAAAUAUUUCCAUUAUUAGGAAUGCAUUUAGAAGGUUUGAAAAAAUUUUGUAGUUAUUUGUGUACGAAGCUUCAUGACACCGCACAAAAAAAUUUAAAAGCUGCCUUGGAGAUAAAAAGUAAUGAUAAACGAGCAUCAGUUAUAUUUGCCGAUACUAUGACAUUAUUAUUUGAAGGAAUUGCUCGUAUUGUCGAGGUACAUCAACCUAUUAUAGAAACAUAUUAUGGACCUGGAAGACUUCUAAUGACUGUAUCUAUAUUACAAAAAGAAUGUGAUAGGCAAGUUAAAAAAAUUGUUGCAGAAUUUAUGAAACACAGGAGUAUAUCUAAGAAAGUGCAAAUGAUAAAUGAAUAUGUCAGAAAGCCAAAUUCAGAAAGAAUUGACCCUAAAGAGCUCGAUCUCUUAUUAGGUGAAAUCACUAUAAUGCACUCAAGGGCAGAAUUAUAUAUUCGUUUCUUAAGAAGAAGAGUUAAGAAUGACAUAGAAAUUAGUACUACGAAUGCUACACAAUGUACGGAUCAAUUAAAUGAAUUUGAAAGAAAUAUCUGCAAUUCUGAAUUAGCUCAUAAUAUGCAAGAACUUAUAGGUGCUUAUCUUGCUUUAGAAAGAUAUUUCUUGGAAGAAAGUGUCAAUAAAGCUGUUGGUAUGGACACAUUAGAACAAGAUCAGCAGAUAUCUAGUAUGGUGGACGAUGUGUUUUUUAUAGUAAAAAAAUGUAUAAGACGUUCUAUAUCAAGUUGGAGCAUAGAUGGUGUUUGUGCUGUUAUUAAUAUAGCUUGUGAUAUAUUAGAAGGAGAAUUUGCAAACAGAUUAAGGAAUAGAUUACGCCAAGGAUAUUCAGCAGGAUACUUGGAUUUAACGCAAGCGUAUAGUGCUCUGCAAACAAGUAUACAACAUGGACGUUUACAAACGUCAGACACUGAACUUGCUCGUCUUAUGUUCUUGGCAUAUUUAAACAAUACAGAUGUUAGUAUUGAAUACGUUGAAACGUUAUGCAAAACUCUGAGUGCAGAAAUAGAUACAACAUUUCCUAAUAUGGCUGAAAAAGAUAUAGGAAAAAUAGACAGUUGUCUUUCCGGUUUAAAAGGAGUAACUUCUAUUUUAAGAGCUGUUACUGAUUAUGGGUUAGAGCAAUUGCGUGUAAGUGCCGUAAAACCUAGAGUAACACCCUGGGUAGAUGCAUUUUUGUCCAUAGAUCAUCAUAUUAAUGAGGAUGAAUUAUUAAGAUAUGAAACGGAUGAACCUUUCGUACAAAUUUUAGUAACUAAUUUAGAAGGUUUACUUCAAGGUUUUAAGAGCAAUUUAACAACAUCAAAUUAUGAUGCUCUUAUUGAUAUUUUAACUAAAGAAGUUACAGCGCGUUUAGAAAAAGUUAUUUUAAAAUCGACCUUUAACAGAGCUGGCGGACUUAUUUUAGAUAAAGAAAUUAGAUCAUUAGCCAGUUAUUUAGCAGCAGCAACAUCAUGGUCUGUGCGUGAUAAAUUUGCACGUUUAACUCAAAUAGCGACUAUACUGAGUAUAGAAAAAGUAGAAGAAUUGGCUGAUUAUUGUGGAGCAGAUGCAAUAGCAUGGAGAUUAACUCCUGCCGAAGUUAGACAAAUUGCAUCUCUUAGAAUAGAUCUUAAGCCUGAAGAUAUUAAAAGAUUUAAAGUUUAAA